AUGUCUGCCAAAAUACAGUGUAACAGCCACGACAGCAUGAACGACAAUAAAAAUCCUGGUAUAGUCCUCCUUAUGCAACGAGAGGAUGCCACUGCUCUGCUGUAUGCGGAUCCUCAUAACCCCAUGCGCCACCUUCAGCGCGGCAUCUUACAUUCUCAGCUCGGAUAUCCUGAUCUUGCGGCGGCAGAUGCAUAUCGUGCGCUAACCUUGUUUGAGGCCAUGAUUGAUCUGGAUUCUAGCGAGUACAGGCCUCGGAAAAAGGUGGGUUUGGAUGCUGUGGAGCUGAUUAGUUCCUCUGGGCUUGUGGAUAGGGAUACCUCCAUGAAUGUUCAUGUUGGGACUGGUGGAAGUGAUUAUGGCGAGCACGAAUGUUACGACGAUGAUGUAGAUCAGAACGGGCACAUGGAGGAAGACGAAGAGGAAGAAGAAGGUUUUGAACCCAUCUCUCAAGACGAAUAUACGGAAAAUAUCUGUAAUGUGUACAUAUUGCUCGUCAAAAGUCUCGUUCGGUGCGGCUGCAUGAGAGACGCAUAUGGUUUUUGCAUUCAGGCCAUGAGCCUCCCGGACUCUGAGCUUAAAUCCAGCUUGGACAUAUUUGAAGAGCAACUCGCUAUCAUAAAGCGUUCGAUUAUGGAUCGCCAACGGUUGGGGCAGCAAAUGGAGAAAUGUGGAGAUUCCACCAACAAUCAAGACCUGGAAACUGAGGCGGAGAUGUUCGCGAGAUUUCAGCCUUCUGAUCUUAGUGCACAAGGUCGUGCAAAGAGGGUUCUCUACCCAUGGAAUACAUACGAACCAGAUCGCUGUGCGCCUGAGACUUUGCAGCUACUGAAUGAAAGGCUGAAGACAGUAGCUCCCAAGUGUGAGGUGCGUGCUGUCGCGCUGCCUGCGCUUCACCACAGCUGCUUUGGCGAAAACCUUUCCAGAAAACAGGAGGAACAAGAACAAGAAGUUUCCAUUCAACUUGGCCUUGUAGCUACCGAAGACAUUGCCCCUGGCGAGACUUUCCUACAUGAAUCUUCCCUUUUAACUGCCACGAAUCGUCUGCACGACAACCUGUGCAACGCCUGCAAUGGGCCGAUCCCGGAGCUCUCCGCGACUAAUUACCCCGUCGCCUGCGAAGACUGCGAAGAUACCAUCUUCUGCAGCCGGGAAUGCCACAAUCUUGCCCAGGAAGUCUAUCAUGCGGCCGAAUGCGGGAAGGAGGGCCUUGAGUCCAUCGGGAAGGACAUUCAGGAUCCCAAGGACAAAGCUGACUACCUCUAUCUGUUGCUGUUAGGCCGCGCAAUUGCUAUGGCUGAGACACAAAAAAUACAUCCCCUGGACUUGCCUGAGGUGAAGUAUAUUUGGGGCGACUUUUACCCUCCGGAUGACAGCAUGCUUCCUCAAACCUCACCGUCACCAUUAAAUAACAGCAAGAACAACCCCCAUCCCCCCUCCGCAACCCUCCCUUUCUCCUUCCAUCUGUCAAUCCUCCAACCAACCCGCAUCCUAGAGGAAAUGGGACUGGAUCCCUUCGAAACCCUCCCCUUCUACGAUACCUGGGUGCUAAACACCCUCUACGCCAAAUUCCGCGGCACCGCGUCCGGCCGCCUAUCGACCUGGGAUGGAGGGCCGGAGGUUUGUGCUGUUCACCCGCUCUGGUGUUUGGCGAAUCAUUCGUGUGACCCUAACGUGCGCUGGGAGUGGGGUGGAGAGAUUAAUUUUACGGUUAGGAAAGAGGACGAGAGGGUCAAAUGGGGUGGGCGCAAGAGCCCUGGGAGUGGAAAUUGGGCGGGAAUUAAACGUGGGGAGGAAAUAUUGAAUCAUUACUGUGAUGUGGGCUUGGGAUUAAAGGAGAGGAGGGAAUGGGCCAUGGGGGCGUUGGGAGGUGCUUGUCGGUGUGAAAGGUGUGCGUGGGAGGAGCGGGAGACAGGCUUAGCAGAAGGGUGA